AUGGCGGGAUUGUUCCCGGGGCUUGGGGGCUACAUCCCUAACACCACAACACUUCUUUCAUCCAACGUCGACGUUCAGCGAGACAAAAGCGAUAUCUACAUCAUCUCCCAGGCGUUUGGGAAGCAGCGCAACUUCUAG